UGCCGCGGGCGAAGAAGGAUCCGAGCAGCAGCACGAACACCGAGGAGAGGUGCCCGGCUCGGAGGCGGAGCCACAAGAAGAAGAGGAGGUGACGGCUGUCACCGUAAUGGCGGCAGAAGCCGAACACAUCGAGAUGGGGGCCGAGUCCCUGCCGAGUGCCGACGAGGCCGCCGCAGCCGCUGCCUUUGCAGAAGUGACCACAGUAACAGUAGCCAAUGUGGGUGCCUCUGCAGACAAUGUAUUCACUACUUCUGUGGCAAAUGCAGCAUCUAUCUCAGGACAUGUAUUGUCUGGAAGAACAGCUCUUCAGAUUGGGGACAGCUUGAAUGCUGAAAAAGCCACUCUGAUCGUGGUUCACACAGAUGGCACCAUUGUAGAGAGUGCGGGUCUGAAGGGGCCAUCUGCACCUCUUACUACAGCACCUCAGUCCCCUCCUACUCAGUUAACAUCUGGCCAAGAAAAAGGUGGAACAAAAUAUAACUGGGACCCUUCAGUAUAUGAUAAUGAAUUGCCUGUGCGAUGCCGAAAUAUCAGUGGGAUACUGUACAAAAACCGACUUGGUUCAGGUGGCCGAGGUCGUUGCAUUAAGCAGGGGGACAACUGGUACAGCCCCACUGAAUUUGAAGCUAUGGCUGGAAGAGCCAGUAGCAAAGACUGGAAAAGAAGUAUCCGUUAUGCUGGGAGGCCAAUACAAUGCCUUAUUCAUGAUGGAAUCCUAAAUCCCCAUGCAGCCUCAUGCACUUGCGCUGCUUGUUGUGAUGACAUGAGUCUGAGUGGUCCUGUUAGACUGUUUGUCCCCUAUAAAAGAAGGAAAAAAGAGAAUGAAUUGCCAACAACUCCAGUGAAGAAGGAUUCUCCCAAAAACAUCACCCUACUUCCUGGAACUGCUGCCACUACAUUCACCGUGACUCCUUCAGGACAGAUUACGACUUCUGGCACUUUGACCUUUGAUCGUACAGCAGCUGUGGAGGCCACAGCUAUUAUCUCAGAAAGUCCCUCCCAAGGUGAUGUUUUUACUGGUACCACUGUACAAGAUACAAACAUUCAGCAGCAACCCUGUCGGGUCAAUCAUCCAGAACCUCACUAUCCAAGUUAUCAAGACAGUUGUCAGAUCUCAGCAUUCCCGGAAGCAGCACUGCCAACUUCUCAUCCCAAAAUUGUGUUGACCUCACUCCCUGCCCUGGCGGUGCCACCUGCUACCCCCACUAAGACAAUCUCCUCUUCUGUGAUGAAUGGACUUGAAAUGACAGAACAACGGAACUGGCUUUACCUCGAGGAGACCGUCAAUUCGCUGCUCAACACAGCUCGGCAGUUGAAGACGCUGAUCGAACAAGCUAAGCAGGCCAGCUCUUCCUACCGAGAAGCUGCUGUUUCUCAAGCAAAACUUCAAGCUGAUGCGGAAAGGAAAGAGUAUCAGAGUCAGUUAUUUCAGCAUACAGAAGAUGUCGAUGGAAAAACUGAAAUUAUUAUUAAGCAAUCCUGUGUAAACUGUGGCCGGGAGGCAAUGAAUGAAUGCACUGGUUGCCAUAAAGUCAAUUACUGCUCAACGUUCUGUCAACGGAAGGACUGGAAAGACCAUCAGCAUAUGUGUGGACAGUCAGCCACAGUAACAGUUCAGACAGAAGAAGAUCAUGAUACAGAUAAUGUGAUUGAAAAAGUUAUUGUCUAAAAGCCUUCUUUCUUCCAUUUUCAUGGAUUGUGUAUGUAGCAGACUGGCUGGACCAGCAAUUCCUUUGUGAAGUUCUGUGAUUAAAAUAAAAUAAAGCAAAACAAACAAAAUCCUGUACUUAUCAAGAUGAUGAAGACAUAAUAUUAACUACACGUUGCUGGCCAACAUCUGAAUCUUCUCUCACAAAGCAAAAAAUUAAAGCUUAUGGUCACAAGACCCUCAAGGAUCUCCAUUGCUUUAAGGGAACUCCAGAAGUUGGGUGAUCUUUACAGGGUUCUCUAUAAAGCCUCUGAAAAGCACAUGGGUAUGUUAAAUGGCUCCCUCCUGCUGCUCUGAUGGAUGAUUCUUCAAAGUAUUUUGAAAACGUUAUUUAAAGCAGGUUCUGAGUCUGCAUCCUUCUAAGAUUCCUCUGAAGAGGUUUGAAUAAAA